UUGUGUUCUUGUCUGCACCAUUGUUUCUCCUGUGCGCUCCGUGUUAUAUAGGUGCAGCUGCGGCAAAUGCCGGUUAUGAUAAAAUCCUUCAGUCAACUGUAAUGCUCGCUGUAUUUGAUCUGGCGUAUGUGUCUGAUGAAGGAGAUUGAAGAGUAUGAAUGAUUUAUAAAGCCUGCUCCAUUCUGCAUUCAAGAGCGAAGGGGUCUUGAGUCACGGGGCGGUGAGAGCGAAAUGGAGAGCCCUCAUUCAUCGGCUCUCAUCUGACAUUGAAUCGUCUCAUUCACAUCUCUCGGAGAGAAUUGGAGAAGCCAGGGGGAGGAGUUACAGCACGGCGGACAGAGCCUCACGGCAGUCAUGAGUGGAAUACUGAAGAGGAAGUUUGAGGAGGUUGAGGGGGCGUCACCCUGUUCAUCUGUAAGAGAGUCAGAAGAAGAGGAGAUAUCGAGUACUGAGAGCGGAGACAGCAGCGACAGCGUCAACCCGUCAGCUUCACACUUCAACCACACCUCACCGACAUCUUCCUCAUCAUCAUCAUCACACACGCUACAGCGGACUGCGUCGUCCAUCCUGAAGCGAGAGAAGCGUAUGAGGACGCGCAGGGUUCACUUUGAGAAAGUGACGGUGUAUUAUUUCAGCCGGCGGCAGGGCUUCACCAGCGUGCCCAGUCAGGGUGGCAGUACACUGGGAAUGUCGAGCAGACACAGCUGUAUCCGGCAGUACACACUGGGAGAGUUUGCCAUGGAGCAGGAGAGGAUCCACAGGGAUAUGCUCCGAGAUCAUCUGAAAGAAGAGAAACUCAACUCUAUACGACUGCGGUUGACGAAGAACGGCGCGGUGGAUUCAGAGGAGGCGAGCGCGCUCACAUUAGAUGACAUCUCUGACGACGACCUGGACCUUGACAACACAGAAGUAGAUGAAUAUUUCUUCCUGCAGCCUCUGACCACCAAGAAGCGACGUGCACUUCUGCGCUCCUCAGGUGUCAAGAAAAUCGACGUGGAGGAGAAACACGAGCUGCGGGCCAUCAGGGUCUCCAGAGAGGACUGCGGCUGCGACUGCCGACUCUUCUGUGACCCUGAGACCUGCACCUGCAGCCUCGCUGGCAUCAAGUGUCAGGUGGACCGUAUGUCGUUCCCUUGUGGAUGCACAAAAGAAGGCUGCAGCAACGCGGCCGGCAGGAUCGAGUUUAACCCCAUCCGCGUUCGGACUCACUUCCUGCACACCAUCAUGAAGCUCGAACUGGAGAAGAGCCGUGAGCAGCAGCAAAAUUCCGGCCCCGCCGCCACGGCAACCGGCAACGGUUUCCACGGCGACCCCAGCGGUCACUGCAGUCCGCUGGCGACGGGCCAACACGCGCUGGAAUACCAAAUCCCAGAUACGGUACCACCGAGCACCAUCAUGCACCUGCAGUCUGGCGACAACAUGGAUGACACCCUAGAAGAAGAAGAGGAGGAGGAAGAGGAGGAAGACGACGAGGAGGAAGAGGAGGAAGAAGAAGAGGAUGACGAAGAUGACGAAAACGAAGAUGACGAAGACGAGAGCAGCAGCCUGUGCAGUCUGUCCGACUCCAGUACGCAGAGCUUGGCGAACAGCGACUCGGAGGACGAUGAAGAUCAGGAAGAUAAGGCUGGAGAGUUUGACGCCGGACUACCGACUGCGACGUCAUGCGGUGAAGUGGCUCCGCCUCCAUCUGUCAUGUGUUACACAGAGAACGCAAUCACGUCGGAUAACCAAACCAAUGGCAAUUCCUACUUCAUCGGCUCCGCCGCUGAAUACUAUCAGAUGGAAAAUGCUACUCAACCCACACUGCUCGCCAACGCCAACCAGGCCGGGGAGGUCUACGGAGGCGACUCGACCUCAUAUCAAGACCGGGUUAAUGACUCCGGUAGGGUCAUGUCUCGGGGUCCCUAUAAUGUGACCGCUGACCAAUACACAGACUACACCCAGCAAAGCGAACAGUCAUACAACGAACGCCACUUCACGCUCGCUAACGGAUCGACGGCCGUGAUCAGCUGUCGCACCCCAGAGACGGAUAAAAGCGUCCAAUCCAAAGGGACCUUCAUCAGCCAAUCAGGAGAGCUGAGCCAGAUGGAACUCCAAAACUAUCUUAACAACAACAACAGCAGCACGCAGGAUGCCUACACUACCAAUGGGAACUGUUAUGUAGCUGAACAGCCAAAGGAGACGUCUCACAAUCUGCCCGAAGUGUCGCUAGCGGACAACACAACAAAAGGACCGACUUUACUGGAUGCUUUCCCUGAGCCGACCCCGGUUUAAGAUUGCGUUAAGAUUUAAAGAGGAGCCUUCAAUUCUGCACAACAACAAAUAUCUAACGCUGGCCGGAUGAAAUCAUAAAUGUGUAUUUUUACUGAACUUUGCAAGAACGAAUAUUAUUUAAAUUGCAAAAUCAGAGCGUAUGUUAAGCUUUAGACCUGAACAUGGAGUGCACAACGUCAUCGCAACGUUACGUCGUUCAACGGGACCACCGUAUGCGUGAAGUACGUUUCUGGCCUGAGACUCGUGCAAUUGUCAUUUCUAAAGAUCUAGUUUUAAUCAGACGUGAAUGGAUCUUUUCUAUGUAUCUGUGUCGGUAGUGCUAAAAAAAACGAAGAAAAAAAUCAAGAUCGUUCCUGUUCGUGUUCUUCAGUAAGUGUGUAUCUCAGUGUUUGAUAAAAGCAUGUUUUUUUAGCUUUCAUCGCUGGUUUAUGGUUUUGUAAAAGUUCGAUGUACUGUAAAAGAGAAAAUAACGUUGCGUUUUCGUACAUAUGUAUCAUGCUUUUGAAGAGUUAGCAUGAAAACGGCUUACGUGCUGUUCAUUCGCUUUGCUUACGAAACCAAAUUAACAUUAUUUAAGUUGUCAAGACAUUUCCUCAAGAACGUAAUUGCACUUUUCCAUUGGCUGAUGUUACGCGGAACGUGACCAAUUGCUGUAUGAGCACUGAGGGGGGCGGGGUUAUCUGGUACCGUGCCAUGACAACGGCUGUGUUCGGAAUAAAAUAUUAACUUUCUACUUUUUGCAAACUGUAUCAAAGAUAUUCGAUAUAACAAGAUUGAGCACUCAUAUUACAAUGAAUAGGGGGCAAUGGUGACGGAAGUCCAGCCUUUCAAUUAAAAGAACCAAUCAUCAAUCAAUAAAGACUGACGAUUCUCUGGGGGAGGGGCUCUGUACUAGAGGUCUUCACGGGUCCACGUAGAUCCAAAAACUCAAGGUCCGACCCAAGACUUGAGCAGGUUCAGGUCUAAAAGCCAGUCGCGAAUUAUGUGAUCGCAUGAUUUAACGCAUAAUCAGCCAAAGUCCGCAUAUUUAUGCGGGGGCCGCAUUUUUUAAAUACGUCGCACUUUCGCAGUAUAUAUUGCAGAUUUCAAUGCGCAAAAUAUGCGGGGCUGAUUUCAUAAUCCCUGCAUUUUCGUAGCAAAAAUCACAUGUAUCUUAGCAGAAAGUAAAAAAAUGUUGCAUUUACUUCACACAAGUGCAGCCAUGUCCCCUGUUGCCAUGUUAUGAUUAUGUGACGUGAACAUCAAUGAAAAGCUGCAAAAGCUACAAACAGUUUUUGCAAGUUCCCGGCAAUGUUUGCAAGUUCCCGCAUAUCCCGCAUAUUCCAUCGCAUUUUUUAAGAAAACGUGCCGCAAGAUCAAGGAUUUUUGCCCUCAACAAUCACCAAAAAACUCUGGAAGGACUGAAAAGCCUCUCGAUCAAUUUAUUUAAGCUACAUUUAAACAAAAAAUAUUAGUAAAGUAAAAUAAAAUAUAAAACUUUUGUUUAAAUGUAGCUUAAAUAAAUUGAUUGCAACCACUUACCUUAAAAAAAAUUAUUUAAUUCAAUGAAUCGUUUUUUUUUUCAGUGUGAUUGUUGCUACAACUUAUAAAAUAAUAUAGUUGAAAAAAGUCAAAAAUUCAUUUUUUUUUCGUUGAGUCAACUCAGAUUUAAAGACAUGUCAACUAAUUAUUAUUUAUCUUGACAAGAGAUGAUUGUUGCUCAAUAAAAUAUAAUUGAAAAAGUCAAAUUUAUAACAACUCAUAUCUAUUCAAGAUAAAUAAUAGUAAGUUGAGAUGACUUUUUAUUAUUAAAUUUAAGGCAGCAAACAUUUUUUACAGUGUACAGUUGAUAUCAGGAUUUAUUUAUUGGAUUUAUGGUCAAAAAUAUGUUGUUUAAUUGUAAACGGCAAUUUUAGAGAUAUCUGUCUUUCCCCAUUCAAGUAAAUUGGAUUUAGUCUUGCAUGACUGAAAUAGCUACCCGGAGACAUUGCAAACAUUGCCGCCUAGUGGCGCGACAACCUUGCAUAAUGUACUGUGCAGACAGCAUACAUACAGUAGUAUGUACUGCAGAAGUAAUAAGAGUAGUAUGUUAUUCUGAACACAGCCUUUUAUAACAUAUCUCCAGGUUUUGAGGAGACGUGAUAUUUUUCCAUAAUACUAGAAGAAAAUGAUCUCUCUAUCUGUUUGCAUUUGCUUUAUUAAAAGCAGACAGUAGAUAGACAAAUAGUUAGAUAACAGAAUUAACUUUUUAAAUCAGAUUUAGAUGAUAAUGCAAAUGGUGAAUUGAGUGAAUUCUUUGUCUUAUGAAACUCUGAAAUACUGACGUUUUGGGAUUAUACAGGGAUUUCUGACAAAAUGCACUUUGAAAUGCAUCAGGUUGCUGCGUUUGAAGCAUUCCAUUUCAUUCAGGCAAAGAUGAUUUUUAAAAGUGUUUAAAUUAUAAAGAAUGAAAUUCUAAUCUAAUAUUACAUUUGUAAAAGGUAAAUUUAUUGCUUAACUAAUAGUCUUGAAUGAACGGAGGUCAGAAGAGAUUUUUUUCAAGUAAUAUAAAAAUGUUUUAGGGCAUGACUUUUGUUUUCCUAACAUGUGAACAUAAUCUCAGUAAUUGUGUGCUAAAGAUUUUGCUUAUUUAAAGGAUUCCUCCACCUUCAUAAAAUCCCCAAUGUCAUCCAAGAUGUGAAUGUCUUUCAUUGUUCAGUCGAGAAGAAAUUCAGUUUUUUGAGAAAAACAUUUCAGGAUUUUUCAACAUUUUUCAGUUUAAACGCAGCUUUAAACGAUCUCAACCGAGGCACAAAGGCCUUAUCUAGCGAAACAAUCAUCAUUUUCGCCAAAAACAAAUAGAAAAUAUGUACUUUUAAACAACAACUUCUCCUCUAACACUAGCCAUGUGACCUUACGGGUAAAAAUCACAUGGAAAGGUCACGCGUCACAUAUGCACUGCAAAAAAAAAAUGAUUUUCAAGAAAAAAAAUUCUUAGUAUUUUUGACUUGUUUUCAGUAAAAAUAUCUAAAAAUGCUUAAAUGAAGGUGAUUUUUCAUGAUGAGCAAAAGAACCCAAGAAAAUAAGUCUAGUUUUAAGACACAAAAUAUCAAAUUUAAGUGAUUUUGUGCAUAAAACAAGCAAAAAAAUCUGCCAAUGGGGUAAGCAAAAAAAAUCUUAAAAUUUUUCUACAACAAUAAAUUCAAGAAAAAAAUUUGCUAACCCCAUUGGCAGAUUUUAUUUUAUUUAUUUUAUUUUAUUUUUGCUUGUCUGAAAACUAGACUUAUUUUCUUGGGUCGUUUUGCUCAUCAAGAAAAAGCAUCUUAAUUUAAGGAUUUUUAGAUAUUUUUACUGAAAACAAGACAAAAAUACUAAGAAUAAUUUUUUGCAAUGUGUGAAUUGCACAUUUACGGACCAUUUUAAAUUAUAAACUGACACAUAGACAUCAAUUAGUAUCAUUCACAUACAACAACGUCUGAACGCUCCUCUUUCUCCACACCUCUAAACACUGGAGCGGUAGUUUUGCAUACGUCAUGCGUGACCUUUCAACGUGAUAAGUAAUGCGUAGGAUC